AUGGUACGAAGACGCAAGGCAAGUGUCAACGUGGAGGCCUUGAAGGACAAGGUGCGCAACGUCGUUUCCGACAUCGUAGGCAUGGACAACCUGGUAGAUGACACCCCCUUGAUGCAAGCAGGGCUUACGAGCCAGUCUGCUGUGUUGCUGCGCAACGCGCUGAGCAAGGAGAUUCCUGGCCCCAGCCUUCCCUUCACGCUGAUGUUCGACUACCCGUCGAUUGCAGACUUGUCUCAGUUCCUUGCGGGCUCGGCGGGUGCAGAAGAAGAGGAGGUGGAGGAGUGGAUCGAAGUCGCGGAAGGGGUGGGCCAGGCUCGGCCGGGCGCUGGCACCACAGGCCCCAGCGCCGAGAAGCUGCGCGAGCAGGUGAAGUCAGUGGUUGCUGAGAUCGUGGGCAUGGAAGACUUGGUAGAUGACACUCCGCUCAUGCAAGCUGGCUUAACAAGCCAAUCAGCAGUCUUACUUCGCAACGCCCUGAGCAAGGAGAUCCCUGGAGCCAGCCUGCCUUUCACGAUGAUGUUCGACUACCCAUCGAUCAGCGCCCUCACGGACUUCUUCGUUGCUCGGACAGUUCCGGAGGCUCCAGAGAUCGAGGAUGUCCUUGCCGGAGAGGAGGGGGCUGCCAUCCGCCUUCCUCGCCUCGAUGGUGAGAAGACCCGACGGCAGGUCAGGAAGAUUGUGGAAGACAUUGUUGGCAUGGACGACUUUGACGAC